AUGGAGUCAGGACAGAUAGCAGCAGCCACAGCUAUUGAAAUCCCUCGGAAAGCAGUGUCCAUAACUCUUUAUGAUGAAGCAGUUCAGAGCUUCCCAACUGAACCCAGACAGCUGUCACAAGCCUUGGUGAAGGCCAUGAUGACUCUGGCCUCUGCUGCAAACAUUCUCCGCCAGAUCUUACAUCAGGCCAAGAAGCAUCCAAGCUUGAUCCUCCUCUUUGAAUUUAUUGGAGCUGGAGGUGGUGGAGCAGCCCUGUAUCUCUUGUGUCUGGCAUUGUUCAAUCCAGAUGUUCGUUGGGACAAAAAGUAUAACCCAGAGACCUGGAACAAACUGGGUCCCAAUGAUCAAUACAAGUUCUACUCAGUGAAUGUAGAUUACAGCAAACUGAAGAAAGAAUGUCCAGAUUACUAAAUGAAAGG